AUGGGCAGACCUCCCCUGGUGGAAUGGAUGGAUGAGAACAGUUCUUUCCAGAGGCCAGUGAAGGCAUCAGAAGCAGAGACCGCACUUUUAGUAAAUAACAUCACCGAAAGUGAGAAGCUCAUCAGGAACCUGAAAGAACAUCUGAAAGACUUGCAGAAGAACUAUGGCAGGCUCCAGCAGGACAUUCUUCAGUUUCAGAAGAACCAGUCCAACCUGGAGCGGAAAUUCUCCUACGAUCUGAGCCAGUGCAUCAACCAGAUGAAAGAGUUGAAGGAACAGUGUGAAGAAAGGAUAGAAGAAGUCACUAAAAAAGGAAAUGAAGCUACAGCGUCCAGAAACCUCAGUGAAAAAAAUGAUCAAAACAGCCAGCAAAUUGCUAUCAAUCCGCUGGAGCCCAAACAACAAGAAUCGGAACCAAAAGAGGUAGUAAUGAAGCAGGAAAAAGAAAAUAUAGUUCCCGAUGGACCCACAUCUUCUGAGAAGACCUCCUAUGUGAUGAGAAAGGAAGAAAAAAAAGAGGAGACCAAUGACAUCUUGAUUCCCAUCCGAGAGGAGGCCCAUAGUGAGAACCAGGGAGGUGAGCUUCUGCCUCCAGAGCCAGGCAGAGAGCAGAACUCGAACGAAAAAGGAAAGGGAAAAGAGAGCACUGAACUCAAAGAAUCUGUCCAGACACAGAAGGGACCAGCUGGCCUUCUGCUCAGCCAGGAGAAUCAUGAUGCUGAGGAGCCAGAGAGGGAUGAACUUGUCAUUAGGGAAGAUGAACAGCCUGGUGAGCAGGAUGGAGUAAAUCAACCCAAACUGGAAAUAAGUGAAGAUUACAACAAUGAUGAAAAUGAGGCUGAGUCUGAAAGAGACAAGCAGGCAGCUCUCACGGGCAACGAUAACCUAAAUGAACCAGAAGUCGAAGAGCAGAACAAAGAUGACGUCCACAAUAACAUAAUUGAAGAUGAAAAGAAGAAUCAGACACUGUGAAUCCAGGGUUCAAGGGAAAGCUUACAACCAUGGAACACUCCUAAGUAUGAAAUUAAGCGUGCCCUGGGAGAUCCGUGUUGGGGAACUUUAAUAUGAAGACGAUGCCAACAAUAGUGGGGAGAAUGAGAAUGUCAGAUGUUUGGACAAGAUUUGGGUUGGGUUGGGUUUUUUCCUCCCCUGAAAUCAGUUUCAAGGUUUCUAAAUGGGUAGAGAUUUUUAGAAAGGAAAAACAGACCACUUUUUCUUAAUUGGAAAAAAUGGAUGAUCCAUGAAAAGACGAUCCUUGAAAUACCUCCUCUUUCAAGUAUGAUUCUUAAUGUGGCUACAUGGCUCCAGUUAUUUUUAAAAGUGAUUCAAAAUUGUAAGUAAGAGCAACAUUCCCUCUGCUCUCUAGGUAGGCCCCUCAGCUUGGUUUUUCCUUUUUUGGCUGUGGAUUCCCUUUCUCCUUUUGCUGCUCAGUGAGCCACUCUGAAAACUGUUCUCCAGGGGAACCAUGUAGCUAUGGAGGACAGGCUCCAUUGCUGGCUCUCCUGUACUUGGUAUUUCUGACAAUCAGAAUAGCCCCUUCA